AUGUCCGAAGCCAUUCAGUCGCAUGCAGUCAGGAGUCCACCGCUGUGUGCUCCAUUUGGAGAUCACUAUCGGUAUAACAAUCGGACGGAGGGCACAGCGGUUGAGGGCAAUGAAAGCAAGGCGUCUAGAAGGAAGAGAUCAUCUAUCUUCUUGUCCCCAAAAGAACAGAGCGAGACUGUGAAUGCUAGGAAGCUGGGAAGAGCCUCCCAAUCCAAGUCUGAUAAAGCUCUCACGGAGAAUAUGUUGAAGCUGAUCAGGCAAGAUACCAACUCUCCACGCCGCAAGAUGCUUCUUCGUCAUCAUCGUUCAGCUGUCAUCAAGCUUGAAACUUUGCGCUUAUUCGCUCUUGUCUCCGUCUUUUGCGCCAUUUCUGCUCCUACGCUGGAGUCAUGGAACUCAACAUUGCAAGGGAGUGCAAAGCCGGCGUUGGCCCGGAUAGAUUCUCUCAAGAUCCUCACUGUCUUUUCUGCGAGCAUGUUCUCUGUUUGCUUCUACAUCAUCGCUGCGACUUUCAAGGAUGUCGAUGCCCCCUUGCCUCCGAGCACGAUCAAGGCUCACUUGCAAAACUUGCUGAGAUGUAGGUGGUCGGAAGGAUGCUCUCGAUCUCCCUUGUACGGCAUGAAUGAAGACAUCCCCAAGUUCUGUUCAACGCACAAACAGGAACAUCACAGAAAUCUCAAGGUGAAGCUGUGCAUGUCGCCUGAAGGGUGUCAGAAACAAGCUUCUUUCGGCUCAGUCAAUGACAAGCAUCCAAGAUUCUGUCAUAAUCACAAGCUGGAGUCACACGUAUUUGAUAAUGCUUCAUUCCAGACUCCGAUCUUUGGGUCGAUUCUAGACCUCAUUCCAAGAUUCUGCAUCCAUCACAAGCUGGAAGAUCAUGUUAACUUGAGAAGCAAAAGAUGUGAGUUCAACGGUUGUCCCAAACAACCUGCAUUUGGAGAUCCUGUACAGAAGAUUGCACGUUUCUGUUUUGACCACAAGCCGCAAAGCAACUGGGUCAACAUCAUGGCAAGGAGGUGUGAGCAUGAGAACUGUCUCUCUCGCCCGUCAUAUGCCGCCUCCUACAACAUGACAGCCAGAUUCUGUUCACUGCACAAACCAGCUGGAUUUGUGAACAUGUAUGUGCGACAUUGUUCGGAUGAAAGCGGUUGCAAGCGACAGGCAUCUUACGGAUAUGUUGGGUCGAAGACUGACCUAAGAUGUACCAAACACAAGCGCGAUGGGAUGAUUCACAUGUGGGGAUUGUGUAAAACCAAGGGAUGCACCAAGAACGCCUCGUUCGGUCCAGUCGACGGUAAAGGCUACCGAUGCUCUUAUGGGAUGAACUGA